CGGCUGACUUAGAGCCCGUCAUUCACGACUUGAUUCGGGAGUACCGCGACGUCUCCCCCCGUAUUUCUCAUACAGCGGGAUUCCCCCGAUGCGCGGUGUCGAGCAUUCCAUCCAGCUCGUGCCUGACUAUCGUGUUCACCAUCAGGCACCAUACCGACUCUCGAUUCCAGAGGCAACGGAACUCAAGCGUCAGCUUGAGGAGCUCCUUCGACUUGGUUUCAUUAAACCUAGUAACUCCCCUUGGGGUGCACCUGUCCUCUUUGCUCGCAAAGCGGACGGAACUCUCCGCCUCUGCAUCGAAUAUCGCGGCCUUAACCGUUACACGGUUAAGAACAACUAUCCCAUGCCCCGCGCGGAUGAGCUGUUUGACCGUCUGGCAGGCAACCGCUUCUUCACGAAGAUCGAUCUUCGUAGCGAUUACCACCAGAUCCGCGUUGCCGCAGAGGACCAGCCGACGACCGCCUUUCGGUCGCGCUUCGGCCACUACGAGUUCACGGUGAGGCCAUUCGGCCUCACCAAUGCACCCGCCACCUUCCAGACGGCGAUGAACGACAUCUUCAGGGACAUCCUUGAAGAAUACGUUCUCGUAUACCUGGACGACAUCCUGGUCUACAGUUGUACCUUAGAAGACCAUAUCAGACACCUCCGCGAUGUCCUACAGCGCUUACGCAAGCAUGGCUUCUAUGCCAAGCUCAGUAAGUGCCGCUUUGCCCAGCGCAAAGUGGACUUCCUAGGACACCAUUUGUCUGACCAGGGUCUCCACAUGGACGACGCGAAGAUCACUGCUAUUGCAGAGUGGCCCGUCCCCACAUCUGCCAUGCAGCUUCGCAACUUUCUAGACCUCACCAGCUACUAUAGUAAUUUUAUCCAGGGAUACGCUAGGUAUUCCUACGUCCUUACCUCCACCCUCCUCCGAAAGAACCCGCCGUGGUUUUGGACACCCCUCUGCGAGGACGCCUUCCGCGCCCUCAAGAAGGCGGUGACUUGCGCGCCGAUUCUUCGCCUUCCCGAUUUUGAUCGUCCCUUUAUCAUCACAACCGAUGCGUCAGAUUUUGCAGUAGGAGCUGUCCUUUCUCAGGUGUUUCCCUCUCCUCCAAAUUCACCUUACCCCCAUGUUCCUCCUUUCCCCCCCCCUCCUGCAGACACUGCUUCUCGACUGACGCCUAUCCUACCACCACUUCCCUCCACUGACAGUCCUCUCAUUACUUACUCCACGACCAUCGCGGAGGAUGGGACGGUCGAGGCUCGUGUUGGGGAUUGCCCGAUCACUUUCUACUCCUGUCAGCUACUACCUGCCGAGAUAAACUACACUGCCGAUGAACGUGAGGUUCUCGCAGUAGUUUAUGUUACCCGACAUUGGCGUCAUUAUCUGCAUGGGGCGCCCUUCACGGUGCGCACGGACAACUCAAUUGUCCAGGCUUUCCUCACGAAGCUUAAGCUUUCCCCUCGACAGGCACGCUGGUGGCGUGACUUAUCCGAGUUCAGUUUCACCACUCAGCCCAUCAAGGGUGAAACGAACCGCGUCGCCGAUGCCUUGUCCCGCCCUCCUGAUCACAAUCAGGAACCCAUCCAUCUUGCUGCCAUCUCCAUCACCAGUGUUGAUCAGUCGGUGAUCGACGCGUAUCGCACUCAGUACCGCCACUGCCCCGAUUAUCGCGUCAUCCACUCGACACUGCAGAGUGGCAAGACCGUUCCUUCCUACUCCCUCGGGGAGAACGGCCUCGUGUACUGACAUGGCAGAUCUGGUCAGCUAGAACCACGUAUCUGCGUUCCCUCCACCGGACAGCUCCGCGUCCAGGCUGUAGCAGA